AUGGCUAAGCGCUCGCACGACUCUUCAUCCGAGGACGAGGAACCUUUCAUACCGGAGCAGCCUGCAUUCCCAACUGCGAAAAGGAUCAGUGCAACCGACAUGAACGAGGCCGCUUCCCACCAAAGUGCCAUUCAAUGUUCGCUGCCGCCGCAUCGAGAGACUCUUGAUUUCGCGUCGAUCGAAGCCUUCGAGGUUCACUAUGCCAAAGAUCAUUCGAACAGAUGCACGUCGUGCGGCAAGAACUUCCCCACCGCCCACUUCCUCGCCUUGCACAUUGACGAACACCACAACACCUUUCGAGAAGCCUUGCAAGCCAAAGGUGAGAAGACGUAUGCCUGUUUCGUCGAGGGGUGCGAAAGACGCUGUUCUACACCGCAGAAAAGACGGCUGCAUCUGAUGGACAAGCACUUGUUCCCAAAGAUGUACAAUUUCCGCAUCGUCGACACUGGUAUUGACAAGUCAUUGUCGAUGCUCCACGAGGGUCGGAGGAGGAGGGUUUCUACAGCUACCGAUCCGACCCAAAUGAGCAGACAUCGGACACACGAGGCACAAUUGGAACAGAGACCCAAACGACAGAGCCCUGCUCCUGUCCCACCGCGCCGCGACAGUGCAGAGCCAUCUAGGCGAGAGCAGGAAGAAAUCGGAGUUGGCAAUCUCAAAUCCAGCAAGCAUGUCUCGGAUAGCACCGUCAACGAUCUGGCCGCAUCCAUGUCGGCACUUCAGUUUGUGCCACCCAGUGUUGCCAACAAACAACGUGACAAGCAACACUUGAGGUGA